GAUAUAUUAUCAACAACCCUAGAAUUAAUUAUUGAGAAAUUCGCUGCCCGGAGAAGAACGCAACGAAUCGAGUGCAUGCUGUUCCCAUGCUGAUCCACACCGGCAACAGUUGAGGCCCGUCCGUCAGAUGCCCAGCGGUGGACUCCGCGCAUCCCGUGCAUCCGGAUAUCGUCAGUGGAAUCCAAUCCUCCUCCGCCUUCGCCUUCGACGUCGCCUGCGUCUCCGUUUCCUUCACCUCCACCUCCACCUCCCGCUCCACGGCUGCCCCGCUGCUCCACCGUUACGCCCCCACGUCUUUGGCCGCCCUCCUCCGUCCUCUGCGCAGCGAAUAUAUCAAUCUUUUUUUUCCAUCGCCAUUCGCCCGUCGCAGCCAUCACCAUAUCGCCGCCGUCGCUGCUGGUCGAUACAGAACCACGCCAUCACCCACCUACCAUCUACCACCUACAGUUCCUUGUCUCCUUGGCCGCUAAGCGCGUCCGCAAGUCAUUCUUAGGGAAGGAGGAACGCAGGAGGGUCGGCGGAUUGGGAGAGCGGAGGCAGCUGCCGCCAGGAGAUGGCCACCGCAUCGCUGGACGCUCUGCAGGCAACCUACGUUGACUUUAACGAGAUAAGGCUCGAAGAGAAAGUCGGUCAUGGGUCCUACGGAGUCGUCUGCAAGGCCAUCUGGAGGGACAAGCUGGUGGCCGUCAAGGAGUUCUUCGCCAGCGCCGAGCAGAAGGACAUCGAAAAGGAGGUGAAGCAGCUGUCGCGGGUCAAGCACGUGAACAUCAUCGCCCUGCACGGUAUCUCCUCGUUCCAGCAGUCCACCUAUUUGAUUAUGGAGUACGCCGAAGGCGGAUCACUGCACAAUUUCCUGCACGGGAAGGUGAAGCCGGCAUACUCGCUGGCGCAUGCCAUGAGCUGGGCGCGUCAGUGUGCCGAGGGACUGGCCUAUUUGCAUGCCAUGACACCGAAACCCCUGAUCCAUCGCGAUGUCAAGCCACUGAACCUUCUGCUCACCAAUAAGGGACGGAACCUGAAGAUCUGUGACUUUGGCACCGUCGCCGACAAGUCCACCAUGAUGACCAACAAUCGUGGAAGUGCUGCCUGGAUGGCACCAGAGGUCUUUGAAGGCUCGAAGUACACGGAGAAGUGCGACAUUUUCAGCUGGGCGAUUGUACUUUGGGAGGUUCUGUCCCGGAAGCAGCCCUUCAAGGGCAUCGACAAUGCCUACACCAUUCAGUGGAAAAUCUACAAGGGCGAACGGCCUCCCUUGCUGACCACCUGCCCCAAGCGCAUCGAGAACCUGAUGACAGCCUGUUGGAAGACAGCGCCCGAGGACCGGCCUUCUAUGCAGUACAUCGUGGGCGUCAUGCACGAGAUCGUGAAGGACUAUACGGGGGCGGAGAAGCCCUUGGAGUACACGUUUGUUAAUCAACAGAUUGUCACCAAAGAGAGCGACGGCACGGUGGCCGCCCAGCCGGACAGCCUCAGUUCGCUGGAGGAGGACGACGAACUGAGUCUGUCCACCACACAGUUAACACCCACGUCGGCGGCUAACGCCAAUGUGAACGCGAAAGCAAUAGCAGGCAUCGGAACUGCAACAACGACGACAACUAGCUCAAUGACCGAAAAUACCUCAUCAACAACAUCAUCGGACGCCACGCCGACCAAUUCGGGCCACCUUGACAAUAAUCCACCGCUAUUCCAAAUGAGCAGCAAUCGCUGGGACGCCAUUCCCGAGGAGGAGAGCAACGAGAGCCGGAACGAUAGCUUCAAUCUCACCUCCUCGGCUGAGGCCACCCAGCGGCUGGAGACGAUCCGGAACGGUAUGAUCCGUAUGGCACACACACCGCUGCCGGAACUCUCACUCGACGUGAUGGAGAAUGGCUUCGAUUUGAGUCGCAGCGAAAGCAGCAGCAGCAGUACGCACGCUAAGAGCGAUGGACGCGAAAGACUCACGGUGACGGAUACCAAGCCGGUCAUCAUGACCACUACGGAUCUGACCAACAACAACAACAACAUUAACAACAAUGUUAGCCAUUUAAACAACGGGCUUUUGAGCCAUGCCGAUAAUGUUCUGCACCAGGAUCAGCAUCAGGAUGCGAUUAUCAGCUCACUGGACGUGUCCGGGUCCGAUGGCGACGAGGAUGAGAACGAUGGGACAGCCCAGUCGCUGGCAGAGAUCCUCGAUCCAGAGCUACAGCCCGAACCACCGAUACCAAAUAAUCCCGAGUCGCAGACCAUAUACAGGGAGCAUCGGCACAUGGCCAAGGAGUACCUGAGCGUCGACACCAAUCUGUACUAUGCGCAGGACUUUAAGGAGAAGCUCAUCGUACAGAUGGAUCGAGCCGAGCGGGAGCAGAAGCAGGAGCUGCUGCGCAAGAUUAACCAUAAGGAGGACCUGCAGAGUCUCUUCAACAACUUGCAACAGCAGUGGCAGAAGCUACCCGCCGCCCAGCAACUCCAGACCGGCCAUCAUUCGCAUCUGCACGCUCACGCCCACGCCCAACAAGGACACUCGCUUCCGCCCACCAAUCCUCACUCCCAUCACUCCCAUCCACAUCCCCAUCAACAUCAGCUGCAGCAUCCACAUCCGCAUCCCCACCAGCCACAGCCAACGCACUUGCAUCCACAUCCACAUCCGCAUUCGCAUCCACACCAGCUGGAGGAGAGUGCCGGUGGGGGAGCUGGGAUCGGACUAGGAGGCGGGACAACCGAUUCGGUGGAGAACGACGGAUGGGUGGUGAUCCAGCCCCAUUCGAAUGCGUAGUUUGGCUGCAUUUUAGGCUGUAGGAUCUUGAAAUCUUUAAUCUGUAAUCUGUAGUCCGUAUAUCCUGUAAUCUAAAUUCUUUAAAGUGUAAUCCUCUGUAAUCCGUAAUGUGUUAUCCAUAAAUUAAUAAUUGUAUCUUUAGGCAUAUAUUAUACAUAGCACUCUCUA